AUGCAGGAGGAAGGAAGAAGGAGGCAGGAGGGAGGAGGCAGGAGGAAGGAAGAAGGAGGCAGCAGGAAGGAAGGAGGAGGUAGAAGGAAGGAGGCAGGAGGAAGGAAGAAGGAGGCAGGAGGGAGGAGGCAGGAGGAAGGAAGAAGGAGGCAGGAGGGAGGAGGCAGGAGGAAGGAAGAACGAGGCAGGAGGGAGGAGGCAGGAGGUAGGAAGAAGGAGGCAGGAGAAAGGAAGGAGGAGGUAGAAGGAAGGAGGCAGGAGGAAGGAAGAAGGAGGCAGGAGGGAGGAGGCAGGAGGAAGGAAGAAGGAGGCAGGAGGGAGGAGGCAGGAGGAAGGAAGAAGGAGGCAGCAGGAAGGAGGCAGGAGGAAGGAAGAAGGAGGCAGGAGAAAGGAAGGAGGAGGAGGAAGGAAGAAGGAGGCAGCAGGAAGGAGGCAGGAGGAAGGAAGAAGGAGGCAGGAGAAAGGAAGGAGGAGGAAGGAAGAAGGAGGCAGGAGGGAGGAGGCAGGAGGAAGGAAGAAGGAGGCAGGAGGGAGGAGGCAGGAGGAAGGAAGAAGGAGGCAGGAGAAAGGAAGGAGGAGGUAGAAGGAAGGAGGCAGGAGGAAGGAAGGAGGAGGAAGGAAGGAGGAGUUCUAUCAACACUGCUCCUUCUCACCUCCUUCUCACCUCCUGCUCCUUCUCACCUCCUGCUCCUUCUCACCUCCUUCUCACCUCCUGCUCCUUCUCACCUCCUUCUCACCUCCUGCUCCUUCUCACCUCCUGCUCCUUCUCACCUCCUGUUCCUUCUCACCUCCUUCUCACCUCCUGCUUCUUCUCACCUCCUGCUCCUUCUCACCUCCUUCUCACCUCCUGCUCCUUCUCACCUCCUUCUCACCUCCUGCUCCUUCUCACCUCCUUCUCACCUCCUGCUCCUUCUCACCUCCUUCUCACCUCCUGCUCCUUCUCACCUCCUUCUCACCUCCUGCUCCUUUUCACCUCCUUCUCACCUCCUGUUCCUUCUCACCUCCUUCUCACCUCCUGCUCCUUCUCACCUCCUUCUCACCUCCUGUUCCUUCACACCUCCUUCUCUCACCUCCUGCUCCUUCUCACCUCCUGCUCCUUCUCACCUCCUUCUCACCUCCUGCUCCUUCUCACCUCCUUCGCACCUCCUGCUCCUUCUCACCUCCUUCUCACCUCCUGCUCCUUCUCACCUCCUUCUCACCUCCUGUUCCUUCUCACCUCCUGCUCCUUCUCACCUCCUGCUCCUUCUCACCUCCUGCUCCUUCUCACCUCCUUCUCACCUCCUGUUCCUUCUCACCUCCUUCUCACCUCCUGCUCCUUCUCACCUCCUGCUCCUUCUCACCUCCUUCUCACCUCCUGCUCCUUCUCACCUCCUGUUCCUUCUCACCUCCUGCUCCUUCUCACCUCCUGCUCCUUCUCACCUCCUUCUCACCUCCUGCUCCUUCUCACCUCCUGCUCCUUCUCACCUCCUGCUCCUUCUCACCUCCUUCUCACCUCUUGUCCUUCUCACCUCCUUCUCACCUCCUGCUCCUUCUCACCUCCUGCUCCUUCUCACCUCCUUCUCACCUCCUGCUCCUUCUCACCUCCUGCUCCUUCUCAUCUCCUUCUCACCUCCUGCUCCUUCUCACCUCCUUCUCACCUCCUGUUCCUUCUCACCUCCUGCUCCUUCUCACCUCCUUCUCACCUCCUGCUCCUUCUCACCUCCUUCUCACCUCCUGUUCCUUCUCACUCUACCUUCUCACCUCCUUCUCACCUCCUGCUCCUUCUCACCUCCUUCUCACCUCCUGCUCCUUCUCACCUCCUUCUCACCUCCUGCUCCUUCUCACCUCCUUCUCACCUCCUGCUCCUUCUCACCUCUUCUCACCUCCUGCUCCUUCUCACCUCCUUCUCACCUCCUGCUCCUUCUCACCUCCUUCUCACCUCCUGCUCCUUCUCACCUCCUUCUCACCUCCUGUUCCUUCUCACCUCCUUCUCACCUCCUGCUCCUUCUCACCUCCUUCUCACCUCCUGCUCCUUCUCACCUCCUUCUCACCUCCUGCUCUUCUCACCUCCUGCUCCUUCUCACCUCCUUCUCACCUCCUGCUCCUUCUCACCUCCUUCUCACCUCCUGCUCCUUCUCACCUCCUGCUCCUUCUCACCUCCUUCUCACCUCCUGCUCCUUCUCACCUCUUCUCACCUCCUGCUCCUUCUCACCUCCUUCUCACCUCCUGCUCCUUCUCUCCCCUCCUUCUCACUCCUCCUGCUCCUUCUCACCUCCUUCUCACCUCCUUCUCACCUCCUGCUCCUUCUCACCUCCUGCUCCUUCUCACCUCCUUCUCACCUCCUGCUCCUUCUCACCUCCUGCUCCUUCUCACCUCCUUCUCACCUCCUGCUCCUUCUCACUUCUCACCUCCUUCUCACCUCCUGCUCCUUCUCACCUCCUUCUCACCUCCUGCUCCUUCUCACCUCCUGCUCCUUCUCACCUCCUGUUCCUUCUCACCUCCUUCUCACCUCCUGCUCCUUCUCACCUCCUUCUCACCUCCUGCUCCUUCUCACCUCCUUCUCACCUCUGCUCCUUCUCACCUCCUGCUCCUUCUCACCUCCUGCUCCUUCUCACCUCCUGUCUCCUUUCUCACCUCCUGCUCCUUCUCACCUCCUGCUCCUUCUCACCUCCUUCUCUCUCCCUCCUUCUCACCUCCUGCUCCUUCUCACUCCUUCUCACCUCCUGCUCCUUCUCACCUCCUGCUCCUUCUCACCUCCUGCUCCUUCUCACCUCCUUCUCACCUCCUUCUACCUUCUCACUCUCCUUCUCACCUCCUCACCCCUCCUUCUCACCUCCUUCUCACCUCCUGCUCCUUCUCACCUCCUGCUCCUUCUACCUCCUUCUCACCUCCUGCUCCUUCUCCCUCCUCUCCUCUCACCUCUGUCCUUCUCACUCUCACCUGCUCCUUCUCACCUCCUUCUCACCUCCUGCCUUCUCUCCUCUCACCUCCUGUCUCCUUCUCACCUCCUUUCUCCUUCUCACCUCCUGUCCUUCUCACUUCUCCCUCUCUCCUUCUCACCUCCUUUCUCACCUCCUGCUCCUUCUCAUCUCCUUCUCACCUCCUCCCUCCUCUCACUCCUUCUCACCUCCUGUCUCUCCUUCUCACUCUGCUCCUUCUCACUCCUUCUCACCUCCUGCUCCUCUCACUCUCUCCCUCCUCUCCUCCCUCCUUCUCACCUCCUGCUCCUUCUCACCUCCUUCUCACCUCCUGCUCCUUCUCACCUCCUUCUCACCUCCUGCUCCUUCUCACCUCCUUCUCACCUCCUGUUCCUUCUCACCUCCUUCUCACCUCCUGCUCCUUCUCACCUCCUUCACACCUCCUGCUCCUUCUCACCUCCUUCUCCUCCUCCUCACCUCCUUCUCACCUCCUUCUCCCUCUCACCUCCUUCUCCUCCCUCCUUCUCACUCCCUCCUUCUCACCUCCUUCUCACCUCCUUCUCACCUCCUUCUCACCUCCUGCUCCUUCUCACCUCCUUCUCACCUCCUGCUCCUUCUCACCUCCUGCUCCUUCUCACCUCCUUCUCACCUCCUGCUCCUUCUCACCUACUUCUCACCUCCUGCUCCUUCUCACCUCCUUCUCACCUCCUUCUCACCUCCACCACCACCAGGGAGAAAUGAAAACAAACAAGUCACUUCCAACGGUCCAUUCGAAGACGCCAAGGCUUCUCAAUCAGUGGAGCGCGUUCUCUCUCCUCAGUGA